AUGAUACAUAUUAUUAAAAACGAGGCAGGGAAAAGCGGCACGCCUAAGGGCGCCCGCUCGGGCAACGGAUUGGGAGGGACAAAGUCCUUGUCCUCUCCCAACCUAGCGAAAGGGGAUAUCUCUCCCGUAGAAGGGAGUGAUACCACCAAACACGCGAGGGGACCCUCCAUGGGGGCUGGCGGGCUGGAGCUUUUCAGCCCGUCCAGCUCUCCGGGGAACCCCCCCAAAAAGGAGACCAGGAGGCUUCAAGUCACGUUGGAGGACUUCCUCCCCAAGGGUGGGAAGGUACGUCCCACUGGCUCGAGGCCGGGCCCAGCCUGCAGCAAGGGUGUUAAACCCGAUAGCUGUGGGUCGGACGAAACCCGCCUCGACCAGAGCAGCACUCCCGGGCCGUCUGGCCUGGGAAGUAAGGAAAGACCCUCCCUGCCACCCUCCCCGACCUCUGCCGGGGUGCCCAUCCAUAUGGAUGUGGACUCGGACGCAGAGUCGGUGGGACGGGGAAAAAAGAGGGCGCAUAGUAAGAGGUCAACACCUGCUUACUACAUAUCGUCCUCUUCGGAGUCGGACAAGGGACCGACGAAGAAGGGACGAGGAAGGCCAGCCAAGGAUCCCUCCCACGCUGGCCAAUUCACAGCGGAGGCCCUCGCUAAGAAGGCUGAAGCCAACAUGGCGAGGAGGAUCAAAAAGGACCACAGGGAUAUCGUUAACCCCGACGUCCAACCCUCCUCAGCCAGAGCGGCCAAAGCGCAGGAGAUGGCUCUUGAACGAGCCGAGGAGUUGGAACAACAACCGAUUGCGGCUGUUGCGGCCGUAAUGACGAAGAGCCUCGGGAUGCUGGCCAAGUCCGUCGAGAGGUCCACGAACAUCCAGGGUCCUAUUAGAAAGGACCUCUGGAAUGCAUACGCGGACCUCACGGCGGGACUGACCACCAUCCUAACAAGGCAAGAGGAGAGCCCCGCUGAACAAGCGCAUAGGGAGGAGAGAGCGGCCCUGGCCAAGGCUAAGGCCAAAUGGGCGGUAGAAAAGAGGAGGCUUGAAGCCGAGCUGGGGCAAAUGCAGGUUCGCAUUGCCCUACUCGAGCAAGCCUCCUCGAUGCAAGCUACCAGGGAGUGCGGUACCGAUGUCGAGGUCCAGACAGACCUGGAACUCGAUGACACGGUACUAGGCGCCCUGACUGGAGGAACUCAACAGGGACCGUCAGUAGAGACGGACAGGGAGGAGCCCCCCGUUGAGGAGCCCUCUGCCCACAUGGAGACCACCCGACACAGAAAGUUGCCGGCAGUGGUCUCCACGGAGAUAUUAAAGGAGCCGUACUUCCGUCCGCCGCUAAAGGGGGUCAGCAAGCAGCUGAACCCCCUGUCUAAAGUGGCGGACCGGAUAGCGGCUCCCGUUUCCCGCUCCUCCUUCCCUGCCCUCCCCCCUCCCUCCAGUUCUCUGGAGACAUCGGGAUGGGCUAAGGUCGGGGAGAGCGGGAAGAAAGAAAGGAAGAGGGCGAAAGCCCUGACCGAGGACGGCCUAAAGGAGGCUCUCUCUAGAGUCCUCCCGGCCGUCCUCGCCGAGAUGGGACUUCUCCCCUCCCCCAGGGGGGCGGAAAGGCCCAAGGCACCCCCGACUGCGGGCAAGAUCGCCAGGCAGUCCGGGGUUGCCCCCCAGAAAGGAGCGGGCAACGCGGUCGCAGUGGCCGCUAGGCCCGCUCCGACGACGCAGAAGGAGGCCACCCCGUCCAUACUAGAGCUAUGGACGGAGGUGGUCUCCAAAAAGACCAGGAAAAAGGCCGCCAAAGCCGCCGAAAGGGCGACGAAGACGGCCCCACCCCCGGCGGCGAGGCCGACUAGGGUCCUCCCGAUCCCGCCCCCGAAACCCACCCCCCAACAACCUUCUACUUCUUCGAAGAAGAAGAAGAAGAGGGGUGGACGUGGAGGGGGCCAGGGGGGACCAGGGGGGCAAACCCCAGGAGGAGCCGGCUCCCACGGGUCCGGCCAGGGCAGCCAAGAUCAGGCCGCCGACAACGGCGGCCGUGACGGUCACCUGCGCCGACCCAGCAGCAUACGCGCAGAUAAUGAUUCUGAAAAUGAAGCAGUAUCUACCACACUUUUAAUGGAAAUUGAAAAUAUGUCGGUUGUAGAAAAUAAAAAUAUUAGUUCCAAGUCGACAGUAGAAGAUACCAUUUCCGAACAAUCGUCUAUGCAAAGUGAAAAUUUGCAAUCACAAAUUCAAAGUGGCACCCAAUCUUCAAUAAUCAAUGUUGCACUGCAUAUAUGCUACAUCGAUUCAAAUUAUACACACGAAAGUGACAACUCUGACGUUCAACAAUUAAACGCAGAUGCUUCUGUCUUACAUCAUUCAGAUGGUGAAAAUAAUAAUGAUUUAAACGAUGAGAGUGGUAUCUCUGAGGAUGACGUUUAUCGUUAUAGCGAUAGUGACGCAGAAAGCAUUCCUGACCUAUAA